AUCCCAGCGGGGCAGCUGGUUUGCUGGCUUCCGGGCAGGCUGAGAUCGAGAACCAUCUGGAAAUGGGGCGCAAGCUGCUGGCAGCUGGUCAGCUGGCUGAAGCACUGUCUCAUUAUCACUCAGCCGUAGAAGGCGACCCCAAGAAUUACCUUACAUAUUACAAGCGAGCGACUAUCUACUUGGCCAUGGGCAAGUUCCGCUCGGCACUGCCCGACCUGUCAAAGGCCAUUGAGCUCAAGCCGGACUUCCUAGCCGCCAGGUUACAGCGGGGCAACAUUUUCCUGAAACAGGGUAAUACAGAGGAGGCCAAACAGGACUUUGAAGCCGUGCUGCAGAGUGAUCCCAGCCACAAGGAGGCUCAGAGCCAGUUAGCUAGACUCACUGAGUUGGAAGUGUCCAUGCAAGAAGCCCAGGCAGCUUAUCAGAGAACAGACUACUCGGGAGCCAUCAGGAUCCUGGAGCAAGCCAUUGAGAUCUCCCCGUGGGACCCCGAAGCCAAGGAACUACGUGCCGAGUGCUACCUGAUGCUGGGCGAAUACAACAAGGCCAUCCUCGAUCUGAAACCCACCACCAAGCUCCGCGCUGACAACCGAGCAGCUUUCCUCAAGCUCAGCCAGCUGUACUAUGGCCUGGGGGAGCACGAGGAGGCGCUGGUGCAGGUGCGCGAAUGUCUCAAGCUGGACCAGGACGACAAGGCCUGCUUUGCCCAUUACAAGCAAGCCAAGAAGCUCUCCAAGCAGCUGGAGACAGCCGAGGAGCACGUCAGAGCACAGAGGUAUGAGGACGCCAUUGACAAGUACAAAGCGGCCAUGAAGACGGAGCCACAAGUGGAGGUUUACACCACCAAGGCCAAAGCACGCAUCUGUCACUGCCUCUCCAAGAGCAAACAACCCCAGGAGGCCAUUGACGUUUGCACAGAGGCUCACCAGCGGGACCCACAUAACAUCUUCAUCCUGCGCGACCGGGCUGAGGCCUACAUCCUGAAUGACGAGUUCCAGAAAGCGGUGGAGGAUUACCAGGAGGCCAAGGAGUUUGAUGGGGAAAAUGAAGAGGUGAAGGAGGGGCUGGAGAGAGCUCAGAAGCUCCUAAAGCAGUCAAAGAAGCGCGACUACUACAAGAUCCUGGGGAUCCGGAGGAAUGACAACAAGCAGGAGAUCCUCAAGGCCUACCGGAAGCUGGCCCAGCAAUGGCAUCCCGACAAUUUCCAGUCUGAGGACGAGAAGAAGGAGGCGGAGAAGAAGUUCAUCGACAUUGCAGCCGCUAAAGAGGUCCUGACGGACCCUGACAUGCGGCAGAAGUUCGACGCCGGAGAGGACCCCUUGGACCCCGAGAACCAGCAAGGGGGAGGAGGGCAUCCCCACCAGUGGCCUUUUGAAUUUAACCCUUUCGGCUCUGGCAAUUUCCACUUCAAGUUUCACUUCAAUUAACUCGGGGGCGGGAGGAGGAGCUCCAGACUGUGCAUCGAGGGGAGACUGGGGGCCAAUGGGCCAGGUGCCUGUCUCUACUGUAAUGACUCUGCAUAUGCACCAGAACCGCCUCCCACUCAAGGUGCCACAUUUCUUUUCGGGCUGAGGUGCCGGGCCUGGGAAUGGGUCAUCUCUGCAGCACGUGCUUUCCAAAUGACCUGCAAAUGGGUAGAGAAACGGCUUCUUGAUGGUAUGUCGAGGCCUGCGAGGAUUGCUCUUUCUAUGCCAAAUUUCCUGGAGAACUAAUUGGAUUCUCUCCGUGUGCAUCCCAUCUUUGUAGGAUCUCAGCACCGAUGUUCAACAUGCGCCUAACCCCCCCUCUUCAUCGAGAUGGGCAUCUGUUUUCAUUCAGAUCCUCUCCAUCUCCUCUUGUUUGUUUGCCAACGCCCAACACGCAUUUAGGAGAAAAGCGGCCUGUGCUGAAGUUCAGUGUGACGGUGGAUUAGAAAUUUCCCAUCAAAAGGGGGUGUCAUUUGCCCAGGUGUAACUAGGCAAACUAUUUGCCACAAGGAAACUUUCUAUGAAAAGUGUCUGCUGUGGAAAGUUGCGGCUUUUUGUUGGAAAUACAAACAAAGGCCUCAAAAGUGAAAAAUUUUCAAUCUGGACUCAUGGGAGUUAGGGCCUCAUACCUCUUAUUCCCUAUAAGCAUGGCCUGUAUCUCCAACCAUCUAGCAAGGGCUCUCGUGAUGCACAUCUCCCCCUCCAAUAGAGUAGGCAGUGGUGCAUCCUGGAAGAUGUAGUCCAGAAAGGGAACAUGCAAUGCCUGAACUACAUCUCCCAUGAAGAUGUCAGCUUGCCCGGACCAACCAGUCCUGCAAAGCAGGUAAAAGACAUUUCUGCUGUGCACGGGUGUGGUUGAUUUACAAACAAAUCAGAAUCAGUUGGGGGAAAAACACUUUCUGGAUUCUUAGUAUUUUUUCAAUGAACCAAAAAAAGCCUUUUUUCCCUUAAAAAAAAAAAAAAACCUCCCUUGCACAGUGAAUUUGCCCAAAUUCCAGGAUUAAAAAACCCUUUUUCCUUGUGUGUAUUUUUUUGCAGAGAAAUACAAUUUAUUUCCCCUUCCUGCCAAAUGUCCCUCGCAGGCCUUUGUGUAGAAAGAUGCAGACCUCAUUAGUAUUUUCCUUUUCCAGAUCUUUUCUGGUGGGCUACAUGGUUCUCUAUUCCUGACUGACUUUCCUCUACGAGGACUCUGCUAAUCCUGUCAGGGCGGAUGAAAGCAGGACUUCUAUUCCCACCCUCCGUGCUGCUCGCUCUGUCUGGUAGUGUUGCAGUCAGUCCCACUGAUAUUUUAUAACUGAUCCGGAUUUCUCCCCCACCUCCCUUUGCUAUUUUAUAGAUACAGUUUUAAUGUUGAUUUCAUUCCAGGAGCGGGUUACACACUGUAAUCGUUGCGUAAGUAAGGGGCAACUGAAGUGCCCCAACCCUAAGUGCUGGGAUUAAAGUUUGUAUUGCAAA